GGUAUCGAUGAUCGCAGUCAAAGGUCUGAUGAUGACGCUUCCCGACGGCCUCACGGUUAACACUCUCACGGAAUGCGAUCUUCCCUUCAAACUGCCCAGCGACACGAGGCUUCAUCGGAAAUACAAGAGGCCGAUGAGGGUCAGACACAAGAGAGACAUUUUCAAUCAGCUGUCCGCGGCUUUCGAUGGGUUCGGAUUCGAUGGGAUACCUUGCGUGAAACGGAUGAUAUGCGAGGCGCAGGAUUACGGACUUCUCAAGGAGAAAUCCUUGGUCCAGGAUUUAAUAUACGCCAUUUUCAGCGAUGCCCAGGAGGUUGGAGAGAAGUUCUCGAAUUACUGCCACAAUGCAACGUUCAGCCAGUGCGAUGUGUCCUUUCUGCACACGAUAAUGGAGGGCACUUUUACACCCGAAAGCACUUAGUGAUAAUAAAUGUCGUUUU